UGAUGAAAUUGUGUGUGAGCGAAGCGACACGUUUCGUUUCGUUUUCUUGGAGGAAACAAAAUAAACACCCUCCGCGUGCAGAUAAAGUACAUGUGAAUAUCGCACAUGCUCAUCGCUGCUUCUUUCCUCCGACGACUCGCCGCCGCCUGAAAUCUCUUUCUUGAUUCGUGCGCUCCUGAGCUACCCCGAUGGCCGCCCAAUCUUCCACUCCCUCGCCGCAAGAUGGUUCUGGUAGAGGUGAAUUCUCAGACAAUUUGGUACUUCAAACCCCACAGCCAAUGCGGGAGGAUUACAUACAGAAUGCUGUUAACUUUCUUGGACAUCCAAAAGUGAAGGGUUCUCCAGUAUUUUACAGGCGCUCUUUUCUGGAAAAGAAAGGCCUUACAAAGGAAGAAAUCGACGAGGCCUUCCGUCGGGUUCCUGAUCCACAGCCAAACAGUACAGAUGUUGCAGCUGUUGCUUCACAACAAGCCGGCAUCGCAAAUCAAUCUGCUGGAGUACAACCUUACGAGACAGUUCAAGCACCACAAGCCAUUAACACUGGUCCUAUCGUUCCACAUGCGCAGCCGCAACUUAGCUGGUCCCGUACUCUCAUUGGUGUAGGUGUUUUCCUCGGAGUUGGGGCUAGUGCUGCUGUCAUCCUCAAGAAAUUGUUUGUUCCUAGGCUAAAAUCUUGGAUCCAAGGAGCCCAUGUUGAAGGGGAUGAAAUUUCUGGGAAUGAACUUAAAUCCAAGUUUUAUGAAGAAAUCAAAGCAGCCAUACAAGAUUCUGCAUCAGCGUUUUCUGAUAUUGCUAAAACAAACCAAGAGUUGCUUGCUUCAAAGGAUGAAGAUAAGAAGAUACUUACAAAGUUGGCACAAGCAUUUGAUUCGCAAGCAGAGGCGUUUAGAUCCUUGAGUGAUUCCUUGAAUCGUAUGAGUGAGAAUAGGUUUUACCAGUACAAUCUAAUGGAGGAUCAUUUUCAAUCUGCCCCAUGGAAUGGGCCAACUACAAAUUCAUGGAGAGCUUCUCAGCAAACAAACGCAUACAACACAUCACCACGCAGUGAUUUUGACUCCGGGAGGCAUCCGUUCAUGCCAGUACCGGGAGAACCUUCACCUGGAGCAUUUCCGGCGAGAUCCUAUGUUGAGCAGCAGCGGAUGCAGAGGCCUGGGUACGGAUUUCAGCCUCAGAUGAGCAAUGACAGGUGGAACCCUGGCUCGCCAUUGACGAACUACCACGGUGCUCCUCCGUAUCAGCAGUAUCACCAUGGAUCCACCAACGCCAUCGAUGAAGCUCCAGCUCCAGCUCCAGUUCCAGCUCCAGCUCCACCAGCUGAAAGCCCGUUCCAGCGUCGCUGGGUUCCCCCACAGCCACCGGGCGUCGUCAUGCCGGAGGCCGUGGCCGCCAUACGGCAGCCGAGGCAGCAAGUUGCAGCGGCAUCGAGACCGUCGGAAUCCGCCGCGGCGACAGAGCAGCCACAGUCAGGUGACGUCGCCGGUGGCGCCGCCAUGGCCAAUGCGGGCAAUGGCGAGGCCGAGCAAGAGCGGGAAGCUGCUGCUUAAUUACUCCAUUUCUUUUUUUUUUGUUUGCCACGCGAUGCAUGCGUCUCUCGUGUACAAAAUACAGACUAGUGACGAUUACCUAUGAGAAAAAGAAGAGGAACAAAUGUUGUGUAUUCAUUCACUGUGGGUGUGAAUACUGACUCUACUGAGAUUAUACUCUGUCUGUCUCUAAAUAUAAGGGAUUAUACUAUGUCUGUCUCUAGAUAUAAAGGAUUUUAGUCGAA